UUUACCAAAGAUUGUAGAUAGGCGGAGCUGUCUAUGCCUCUAUGGAUAAACCGGAGGCAGCUCCUUUACUGUUUAUGAGAUAGCGGUGGGUAGUGUUAGCAGCCAGCAACUAUUGUUAGCUUUCCUUGUCCAUAAUCUAGCCUACUGCCACUGGUGAUCUUCGUGGAAUGCUGGCAGGAAGACUUUUCCAAAGGUAGAAGGUAGAUCAAUGAAUACUUAAUAAGAUGUCCUGGUUUCCUCAUGUGCGUCAAGAUCUUAUUCAACAGCCAUCGACGGUGACACCUCCUUUUGAGCCAGCAGAACAUAAUAGGAUUUAUUCGUCGCCAUCGUCUUCAGCAGAUUUUCCAAAUGCUCCACUUGACUUUAAACCACCCUCCUUGGUAGAUUUGGCGUGUACCCCCCUUGGAUCUGGGUCGGGGAGGGUAUCCCCUCCUCUGUCGUAUGUAACUCUUCAGGAGCAGCGCUGUGUAUUGAGCUGGUUUCUGGGAUGGGGACCAACUCAAAGACAGCAAUUUCUGGAGGACCUCAUAGCCAAAGCUGUGCCUGGAAAAGUGUGCAGCCUACUGGAGCAGCUUACUACAAUGCAGGUAAAGGACCGGGUCCCUAACAUCUUUGAGUGCCAGCUCCGGUUAUGGACGCAAUGGUUUGAGUCUUGGACUGAGGAGGAGAGAAACGCCUUCAUCAAUUGCCUAGAGGAGAGAGACCCCAUCUUUGUCGCCCACUUCUAUAGAGGGGUGGCAGGCACAGCUGGGAGGAACUGAACCAUUAUUUUUAAACCAUUAUCAGUCAGACUUUAGCUUUCUGUUGACAGUGGACAAUCACAAACCACAAUCUUCUGCAUUAACUCUUGCAGCAUUGUUAUUUCUUAUGUAGACUACUUCAACAAAACAAUCAGAGCUAUUGAGAAGGUGUUUAAUGUCAUGGACCAUAAGAUAAAGUGUGAAACUUUCAGGUCAGGGUGCUAUGCUUUUUAUAUCGUAGUCCUGAACAACGGAUUAGGAAUUAUAGCAUUGUUAUACCCACUGAUUUUCAAUUCUGUUUAACUAUGUGGGGAGAAUUUAUAAUAAAGACAGCCAAAGGCAAAAAUGAUGCAAAA